AGUAAACAGGAAGAAGAAAGAGAAAGAAAGAAAGAAUAAUAAAAAUGGUGGGAGGAGAUGGUAAUUGAUUGAAAGCAGAGAGAGAGAGAGAGAAUUAGGGAUAGAUUUUUAUGGCGGAUCUGCAAGAAUCUAAUUCAUCAAAGAUCUGUAAGACUGGGAAAAUUCACUGUCCUUUCAUUAUCACCGUUCAAUUUCAUCAUCUUGUGAGUCUCAGCUGUUGCUGAUCUUACGCACAAGAUUUUCCCCUUUUCUCUUUUUUUUUUUUUUUUUUUUUUGAGGAAUAAAAAUUACGUAAAAUAGUAACCGGACUCAAUGAUUCUGUGAAUCGCCCCCAAAGGAAGAGAGGUUAAGAAGACGACGACGACGACGAUAACGAUGAUGGUUACAGAUCCAUAUAUUGCAUAGUUCUUCACUUUCUCUUUUUUUAGCUCAAUUUCGUAAAAUUUAAGCUUCGAAAUACAAGAAAAGAAAAAAAGAGAAAAGCAAAAGAGAACCUUUUUUUUUUUUUUUUUUUUCCUUUUCUUGCUUAUCAGCUUGGAUUCAAAGAAAAUUCCUUGCUUUUGUUUCAAUCGGAAACCAAUCGCGGAAACAUGCAUGCCCGGCAUCGGAGCCCCGGAAAUGGGUAUAACAGGUCGGGUUCCGGUACCGGAAUGGUUUUAGGUUCUUCUCGGAUCUCACCCGAAACCUCUAUAAGGAACCAUGGUGGCUUCUACUCUUCUUCUCCUUCAGACUAUCGCAAUUUCAAUCGCGGUGGUGGUGGUGGUGGGGGUUUUGGACGAAACCCUCACGCAGCUCAUUCCCACCCCAAAUCUUUUCAACAACAACCACCACCUCCUCCGCCGCCGCCACCACCUGCUCCUCCUCUCCCUCGCAAACCCGAUAUCUUUAUGGAGGCAGGUCGACUCGCCGCCGAGUAUUUGGUUUCCCAGGGAUUGUUGCCUUCCACAGUUCUUUCUUCGAAAUGGCAGAACGGAAGCUUCAAGAAGCAGCAGCAACAGCAGGUGGGAGAGUUAUGGCAGCAGGAUACAGAAAAUCUUCAACUUCCGCAGGAGGGUGGUGGUGGUGGCCGGACUUCGGCUCUUGCCCGGCUUGGGAAUGCAGUUUCCGAUACCGGUUCAGGUAGGAGGAGGUUUGUUUUUGAUGACUUUAACUCGGUAGGGUUUAGAAAUCAUGCCAAAGGAGGAGGUGGUGGAAGAAGGAGGGCAGGGAAUAAUAAUUAUAGAGGUUAUGGUUCUGACUGGGGACAACGAGAAUAUAGCAGGAGUGGCUCUUUUCCUGAUAGACCUAGUAGGGUUUCGCCAGACACCGAGUUUGUUGUUGAUGAUGAUGGCGAAAAUUUUUCUGGGCAGCGUGAUGAGCUGCAAGUUAGUAAAGAUGUUGGCAAUAAUGGGUUGCAAAAGUUUGGCUUGAAUGAUUUAGCUUCUAAAAGUGAGGAUGCAGCUGAUUCAGAAUAUAAAUUGGAAAAGUACCAGUUUUUGGAUGACAGAAGUGGCUCAAGGCCAAGUUCUAGCGGAUGGGAAGACUCGUCGAACCGGACCGGAGAGGAAACCGGUGCCAUUGAAACUGAAGAUGUUAGAGGGAAUGGGAAGGUUGAGGAUUCUUCUGGUAUUGAUAAAACUGAGAAACAGAAUGAGGAAUUGUCCAUUCAGCAGCAUAAAGCCGUGGAGAGUGAUCCCUCAGGCAACACUAGCACUGAUUUACUAACAUUGUGCAAAUUUGCUAAGGUUCCCACCAGAACCCGCUCUUCUUUGACUUCUAAAAGCCCAAAGGUUGAUCCACCUCCAACCGCUGAACUAGAAAACGAUUCGGAAGAGGCCACUAUAGUUGCUCAUGGUGGUUCCUCAGGUGAUGUCCUAAUGGAAGAAACUCAUGAUUCAGGACAUCUCGACCCCAAAAUUAUUAAAGCUCAGGCUGACCGGGCUGCUGAAAAUGUGAAAGAAUUAGAUACCGCUUAUACAAUGGAACAGAAUGGUUGCUUACGAUCUCUAUCUUUCUCUGAUAGAGCUUUUAUGUGUCACAGUGAUCAAGAACCAAGUCAGGGACAGAUUGGAUUUGGAAGUUGCGGCCCCAUGGUUAAGGAAAGAGGGGAGAAACGAGUUUUAGAAGAAAAAGAUAUGCAGGAGGCCACCAAGAAAUCAAGAGUGUUGCUUCCUUCCACGGUUAUUGAGGCAGAUGAGAGCUUCCGCCUUUCUAAUUUGAAUGAAAAGGAACUCAGUUUACGGGAAGGUGGUGCUAUGUCCAAUGAGAAAGCUAUGAUGGACGUUUAUCAUGAUGGUGGAGUGGCAAAUGAUUCUUCGUACCCAAAAGAGGCAAGUGAACACUGUGUCAAGUAUGCACAAGAAAAGCAGCUUUUUCCAGGUUCAUUUAAGAUCUGUGACCUUAAUCUCAUGGAAGUUUCUGAUACACAUGACAACCAUGAUGGUGAUCCAAUUAUUAUUUACCCCACUCUUUCUGAAAUAAAAAGAGAAGCAGCACCAUUAGAUAUUGACUUGUCAAUUAGUAACUCCAAUGCAGCUGGUGAGAAUAGUAGGUGCCCACUCCCAGUUGAUGGGAAAGAGAUUGAAGUCAUAGAUUUAGAAAAUGAUUCUGCCCCAGAAGACAAGAACUUAAGUAUUGCAGAGAGAAAGACAGAGACUGUAUACGGUGGUCUGGAGGGCUUUUCUAACCACACUCAGAAUACUGGUGAUAUUCCUGACGUUCAAGAUGGUUAUGGGCUUAUGAUGGAGUUGCUUGGAAAUGAUUUUCCAAAUUGUUCGUCAGUACCGGAGGACAUUAAUUCUAUGCAUAAUGGCAUUAGUCUUCACAAUGGAGAGGCGACUCUUGCGGAUGAUGAUUCAAUAUAUAUGUCCUUGGGAGAAAUACCAUUAAGUAUGCCAGAUUUUUAAUUUAAUGCCUUUCUGAGGCCCUGGGAGCAGCCGCCACCGCAAGAGUAUGGGAAGCCAUUUUGACUCUGCUACUAAUAGAAAUCUCUCAGACAUAUAAUUCGGUAUGCUGAGUUAUUAGUAUUGAUUUAAGGGGUUUCUGUAGCAAACAUUAUCUUUUCCAAAAGCAGACAUGCUUUGGUUUUCAUUUGAUUUGCUUAUAAAGGCUACAAGUAAAUGUCUUCGCUGGCCAGAAGUUUAGAUAUAUCAAGUGCUUCUGUUUCCUCUUUUUUUCUUUUUUUCUUUUUUUCUUUUUUCUUUUUUCUUUUUUCUUUUUUUACCCCUUCUUUUGGCUUUUCACUUUGUUUAGUAGAUAUAUGUUCCUGGUAGUUAGGAGAUAUGAAUGAGGAAUCCAUCAUUAGUUUCUAUAUCCUGAUUGGCCUGACAUUAUCAAAUUUAGCCAAGCCAUCUAAAUGUAAUACUGAAUUUGUAUUGGAAAUGAUACUACGCACUGUAAGUGACAAUAUGCGAGUGCAUGUUUAAUAUACAGAAAAAGUUUAGUUAAGCCAUCAAA